GGAAAGAGUUAAUUGCUGCACCGAGGGGCGCGGCCGCCCCUCCCCUCAGGGGGCCGCCGGCAACAUGGCCGCGCUGGCCCCGGCGCUGGCGGCGGCGGCAGGGCGGCUCCAGAAUGAGAGCUGUUCCAGUACUGCAGGUGCUGGCCGACAGGUUCAGAGCUGGAAGAUCAAAACUGAACGAGCUAAGAACUGCAUAAGAACUGCAGAAAAGCUAAAAGCUCAGCUUGCAAAUACAGAAAAAGAAAAAACUGCACACCUUUAUAAUAGGAAGAGUGAUUUCAGGGUAGAAUAUAGAUUGCUAGAGGAACUGGAACACAGCAUGACUGUGAGCAGGAAAAUGGAAAAAGCUAAAAUCCUGCAGCAGCUAUCAAAAAUACAAAGCAACGUGAAGAAACUUCAGCAGCAAUUGAAAGAUGUGAAGCCUAUACCAGAGUUUGUUGACAAGAUCAAGGAAAUGAUGGAAGAAAUUGAAAAUGCAAUCAACGCUUUUAAAGAGGAACAGAGGCAAAUAUAUCAACAGCUUUUGAAAGAGGAAAAAGCUGUCAUUAAUGAGCUCAGUUUCUUUGAGAGAAAAGUGGAACUGUGGGCAUUAGGGAGCUCAACAGCAGAAAAAGUUUGGAAAUUACCAUCAGCCAGGAUCACAGUUGAUAAAACACUGGAAAAUCAUCUACCCAAAGAAGUAAUAGAGUUUGAAAGAUUUCUUCAGCGAACAGGGGGGCGGCAAGGAGGCUGGGAUGAUUAUGAUCAUCAAAAUUUUCUGAAAAUACGGACAAAAUAUAGAGGAAGGCUAUCUUACAUGGAUGAAGCCCUUAAGCAUCUCAGUGGAAGAACAAAAGAAGAUAUAGAACAGCAUGACAAAUGGUAUCAGGAAUAUGUAAUUUUACAUGAAAGAAAGAAAGAGUCAAUUAAAAAGUGGAAAGAAAAGCAGCAGCAAGAAAGAAACUUGAAGGAGAAAGAGAAAUCAGAAAAAAUGCUCAAGGAAAGAUGGCUACAGCAUGAAGAAGCUCAAAAGCAAAAAGCAGAAGAAGAAAGAAAAAGAAAACAAGCUACAGUUGAAGUCUGGAAGAAACAGAAAGUAGUAGCAUUUGAAAUAGAUCAAGCCUCACAACUAAAACUAGAAGAGAAAGCAAAAAAGCAACAAAAAGAGCGCCAAAGCCAUGUGAAAUUACUGUUGGAAAGGAAUACCUUGCAAAAAAAAGUAAAGGAGGAACUUGAAAAGCUUGAAAAUGAGAAGAAAGAAGCUGAAAAGGAGGGAAAAAAGAAAAUUGCUGCAGAAGUUUCUAAGUUUCAACAGCAUGAUCUACAUAAAUUGGAACUAAGCAUUUUGCAGAAACACGCUAAAGAGAUAGAGAAACAGGAAAGAGAAAAAAGAUUGGCAAAGUUAAGAGAGAAGGUCGAGGUUCGGGUCACCAGAGACCGAUCCAGGUUGAACCGACCUUCCAAGGGCUGGCAGGAACGCAGAGCUGUCCCAGCCUGGAGAGGAGGGUCGUAGCUGCGCACCAGCCUGUCCCUGCCGCAGUAGCCAGCAGCCAGCACUUCCCAGCACAGAG